AUGGCGGCGACCUCCAAUCCUCAGUACCAACAUUUCGUUCCUCAAUUUCUGCUGAACAACUUCUCUCACCCGUACAAGCCCGAUGGCGAAGGCUCCAGAAGGCGGCGGGGAACCGGGAAGCGCAAGUACGAGAAGGGCAUGUUCCCCAAGGAUCCCGUCGUCCGCAACCUCGACCUUCUCGCGGACCCGCCGACGAUCUGCGAGAAGCCUGUCAAGCGCAUUCUGGGCCAGAUGAACAUGUACCAGGACACCAGCAAGCCGGCGGACCAACAACAGCAUGUCGAGAAGCUGCUCUCCCAGCUGGAGAUGCGUGCUAGCGAGAUAUUCCGGAAGAUCACCAAGGCAUUCGAGCAGAAGGAACCUGGCUUGUGGCUCACGCGCACCGAGCGAAACCUACUCCGCAAGUUUCUUUUCCUGCUCAAGUACCGUGGCGACGGCUUCCGCCGCCGCUUCUUCCAUCAAAACCCCGAGGACUACAGCGAGAAUGACAGAGAGCUGCUGCGCGAGUACAUGGCCAAGCACGGCUUCAAGCGGCCCGUGGAUGUUUGGUUCCACAACAUCAAGACCAUCAUCGAGCUGGACAUGGACCCCGAAGGAAGGUGGCCCAUGGACCUUCCCAAGCGCAUGUAUCCCGACGAUGCUAUGUGGUUCUUCUGCUACGAGGCCUUCUCCUACAUGGCCAUCUGCACCCCUUCCGAGGCCAAGGACGAGUUCAUCCUCACCGACAACAGCUACAACGUUUUUGAAGGGCCUAAUCACCUCGUCAAGGACGCAAACUCUGGCGAGCUGGGUGCCUCUGCCUACACACCCCUCCACGAAUUUGCCCCAAUAUCCCCCAAGCUCAUGAUCGUUCUCCGAAGCACCGUGUUGCCCAACCCUCUGGAGGAUGCAGACCCCGGGGUCAAGGAGCACCGGGCGUUUCAGCGGUUCCUCACCAUCGGCAUGGUCUACGACUACGAGGUCAGCUCAUUGUUAGCCGACUUGCCCAUUGAGAAGGCGGAAAACAACUACACGGAGGUCGUUGAUGGUCGGAUACGUCUGAUCGGCGGCGAAGAUGGCGUGCGCCGGAAGGACCACAAAUUCUGCUUCAGGUUCUUUCCCAUCGGCUCCAAACACGUGCACACCAUCAAUGGCAUUCUGCUCGACAAUGCCAGUCCUUGCACCAGCGUGGUAUUCGAGUCGCAAGAGAGCUUUGCGAGGACGCUGGAAUGGUACCUCACAGCCCCGUGCACCAUCGGAAAGAACAUUGUCCCUGGGGAUGUCGACGGCCGUGGGGCGACCCUGAAGAAGCUGGAAAGCGUGUCGCGCGCCCUUGGAUCCGACAAGGAAACAGUCUGGAUGGACCUGGAAGGCGUUCCAACCAUCGACUACGAGGAUUUCCGCGCGAGAAAGCUCGCACAGAAGCGCAAACUCAACCGAAUGUUCGAUGGAGACGGGAGAUCCUUUUUUGAAGAGAUGGCGGGGGAGGAAUCCCCGGAGCCUGAACCCAACAUUCCCGUUGCUGAGCUCUAUUCACUACUCGGGGGUUCGAUAGUGACGUUCAUGGAGGACUUGACACAAGCUCAGCGGAUGUGGACGCUUCGAGUCAAAAUCGACGCUUGGUCAAGCGGAAAGGUCGACGAGGCAAUCCGGCACCGCAACCGUGAGCUGCUCCUUGAUGCGUAUCUCCGGCUCCCACCACGAAGAAUAUGGCAGUACAUCAGACUCGUCCGCGUCAAUGUUCUCAAGAUCCACUACAGCAUGCCGAUGGACGACGGUGAGGGGUUUUCUGGGCCGGAAGACGCUGUGGUGAGAGGCAUCCCUGAGGUGCAGAGCCUGGCUCGUCAGGCGCAGCUUGAGGUCUUGAGAGCGGGUCUACAGCACAGGGUUGGAAAGGAGAUGGCGCUUUUCGAUGAAGGGGAACGGGUCGAGCUUCUAACUCGCAGGCGGGUCAGAGGAAGAUUCAUGGAUGCUGUCAAGGGAAGACUGGAGGCCCCGGUGUUGAUGGAGCUAAAGACGGUACUUUUCGAAGUAGCCUACCCAACUCCGCCGGAGGGUUAG